AUGCAGAGCGUUAGAGAUUAUCCCAUGGAUAUGAGUGCCGCUCAUGCGAGACCACAGCCCAGGGAAGAGAGGCUUAGGAUACCGGGGCAACCACAACAGCGUCAGAUGAGGACAAAGUCUCAGCCAGACCUUAGGUCCAUGGCACGUCGACCAUUACCUGGUACAGGUUCUCAAGCAGAGAGCCACAACGCAUACAGGACUCCCAGAGUGGUACAUCCUCCUCUUCCAACCAACACUCAACGUCGCAAGCAUGAAGCCAUGUUCAUCGAAGAGCCUCCAUUUGAGCGACCAUUCUCUCCCGAAUCUGACUCGGAGGAACACAUGAUCUUGGACUACUAUCUCCAAGCAUCAUACCACACCCCUCUGUCUAGAGUUGUAUCGGCCGAGGAGCCCUGCAACCAGGGUGAGGCCAUGGCCGCGUUUGACUUCGGCCUUGAGCACACAUCUGAGCCAUCCUACACACGCCCUCAGCCUUCAGUACAACGACCAAGAACAGCACAUGAGUCAUCAUCAAGGAGACAGUCUUCUUCAUCGUCUCAAAGGCAACCUCCUUCAUCGCCUCAGAGACAACUUCCUGCAUCACCUCAGAGACAUUCUCCUUCUUCGCCUCACAGACAGUCUUACACUCUCUUCCCCAAGGAGCAACAGCAACCAUCAACCCCACGCAUCAGCGUAAUCAGCGAUAAUGGCAGCAUCUCCUCUCACCGCAGUCAAAUCAGCCAACACCGCCCUCGCACCUCUUCGUUAGCAUCCUCAGAACGUUCGCGCUCAGACUCAUGCAUGUCUGUCCGCCUCCAACCCUCUGCAACCNCUCUCUUCCCCUCCUCAUCUCCCAAGCGCCCCCAAACCUCUCCUCGCAUGCGCACAACCAGCGCAUCCUCCCAACAACAAACCAGUCUCUCUGACCAACCGCCCUCGCGCUGGUCGGGCGAGACGGUAGGCAUGGUCUUGGAGUCGCCCAGAUCUGGCAGAAACGCCGUGGAUAGAACCAGAGAUUCUUCGUCGUCGACAUUGGUGGCUACCAGCCCUGCAUGGCCCACUGGCAGCUUCUUCGAGGAUGACGAGGAUGAGAAGUUGCCUUUGAGACGCAAGGUGGCGCAGAAGCUGAAGAGUUCGCGUUCGAGCAAUGCAUUGAGGUCGGCUAGUAACCCUACUAGCAGUGUGGAGCAGCAGCCCAAGAAGUCUUCAUGGACUCGUCGGUUGGUUACCUGGCACCGCGCCUAA